CUGUUGAUUUGAUCUGAUAUAUUGGAAAACCAUGAGUUAACCACCGACCGACCGCGGCCAUGGGGCAGAAUGAACAUCGGGAUAUUACUGCGGGUGCGAGCCAAAGUAAAAUGCCCCCUUGUCAAGUACCCAGCACAAACCACCACAGGCAAUGGAAGCUUCGUGGCUUUGUAUAGGACACUGUGUGGUCAGCGAUCGUCAGCAACCUGGCCUCCCACGGGUUUUACUUACAUACCCAUCUCACCGUAUGCAUAAUAGGCACGAUGAUCUACAUAUUG